AUGGUUGGUGGGACUACUUGGCCAGUGUUGGGGAUCCAGCCCCUGAACCACCUCGAGCAUGCCACGCAAAUCAUAGCCGAGGCCACAGCACUGCUGGAGCUUGACAACACCAAACGCGCCAAAUUACCAGCCCAGUCCCUGGAAGCCUUUCUGAAUAGCGUGAUCACACUAGCUAAGAAAACCCGAGAGCAACCUUCGGCACAGGAGAUCUUGGGGAAACUAAACAGCUUGCAGCCGAUCGCAGAGGACAUCAACCUCAUUAAAAUUGCUGUCAACAAUGUACUCGCGUCGCCCGCUCCCAUGCCACCCAAUGCAGCCACCCGAAUCGCUUCCUGGGCGGAUGUAGUCCGCUCGGGCACGCCCUCGUACCUGUCCACGCCGAAUAGCAGAGCCUCCACAACCGCAAGCGCCAAUGAUAGGGAAACCGUAGUGAAACUCGAUGCAAAUUCCGCGGCCGUUCUCCGCAAGAUUUCGCCGGAGGACCUCCGCAAAUGA